AUGGCUGGUGUAGGUCCUAUUGUUAGGUGGAGGAAAGUUUCGGCGGCCACUGGGAAUGUCCCCAGAUCAAGACACGGACACAAAGCUGUGGCUAUCAAGGACUUGAUCGUGGUUUUCGGUGGUGGGAAUGAGGGAAUAGUGGACGAACUUCACGUUUUCAAUACGACAACCUGCCAAUGGUUUCUUCCCGCUGUACAUGGAGAUAUUCCUCCAGGAUGUGCAGCUUUCGGAAUGCUGGCAGAAAACACUCGUGUGCUCAUGUUUGGUGGCAUGCUUGAGUAUGGCAAAUAUUCUGGCGACUUGUACGAACUACAAGCCUCUCGUUGGGAAUGGAAACGUCUAAAGCCUAAGCCUGCUAGAAAUGGCCCCUGUCCAUGUCCAAGGAUCGGGCAUAGUUUUACUCUUGUUGGUCAGCGAGCAUUUUUAUUUGGUGGGAUAACAAAUGACAGCGAUGACCCUAAAAACAAUAUACCAAGAUACUUAAACGAUCUGUACACUCUGGAAUUAAAACCCAAUUCAAGUACUAUGUGUUGGGAUAUUCCAAACACAUAUGGUCAGCCACCUACACCUAGAGAAUCUCACAGUGCAGUAGCUUAUCAGGUCCUUGAUGGAAUGAUAAAGAAAUGGCGUCUUUUGGUAUAUGGUGGCAUGUCCGGUAACCGACUUGGGGAUCUUUGGCAAUUAGAAAUUGAUACCAUGACAUGGAUCAAACCUAUCGUUAGUGGAGAUCUACCGGCUCCACGCAGUCUUCACAGUGCAACUGUAAUCGGAAACCGCAUGUUUGUCUUCGGUGGAUGGGUUCCUUUGGUCAUGGAAGAAAUUAAAAUGACAGCUCAAGAAAAAGAAUGGAAGUGUACGAAUACUUUGGCUAGUCUCAAUCUUGACACAAUGGUUUGGGAACCAUUGACAAUGGAAGUUGCUGACGAAUGUCUUCUACCUCGAGCCCGUGCUGGACAUUGUGCUGUAGCUGUUCACAGUCGUUUGUACAUUUGGUCUGGUCGUGAUGGAUAUAGAAAAGCAUGGAAUAAUCAGGUUUGCUUCAAAGAUUUAUGGUUUUUGGAAACUGACCGUCCUGCUGCUCCAACAAGAGUUCAGUUAGUUCGUGCUGGCACACAAAGCCUCGAAGUAACAUGGGGUUCUGUACCUACUGCAGAUGCUUAUAUUUUACAAAUUCAAAAGUAUGAUGUUUCUCCUUCCACAACUUCCACACAUUCCCUGACAUCUUCACCAGUAGAUACAAGUGGAAUUGUUAAAGCUCCAUUAACUGCAUCUGCGGGUUCUCUGAACUUUUCAAGAGCUGGUGCUAUUUCACAGGCCCUCAUUACCACACCAGCUCCUGCUAAUUCUGUUCCGAUACCAACCCCUAUCAGAUUACCUACUACUACUGUCGCUGUUGGUUCAAUAAUACCAAACUCAUGCGUCACUAUGGCUGGACAGAGAGGACCUACUGUAGUUACACCGACAGGUUUAAAGAUCACACCUGUGCCAGGCAGUGCUGUUACAGGACGGACGGCAACUAUCGCAACUGUAGCACAACAUUCCAGUGCAGUUAAUCCAUGUGGUCCGACGAUUAUUCGAAGUUCAUGUCCUCCGAUCGCUCCGAAGCAACACCUUAUUACUGUUAGUGGCAAGCAGGUGGUUUCUGCAGUUUCUGUCGCGAAUAACUCCGGUGUAGCUAAUUCGAAUCCAAAUCAAGUAGUACACAUUGUAAACAAGUCAACAGGUUUAAUCAAACCUAUUAAACUAGUUUCGACCACAACUUCAUCUUCAACUGCUUCCAAAACUAUCACUGUACAACAAGCAUCAGUUGGAACUGGCGUUUCAGUUCCGAAAGUAAUCAAAGCUAUUCCAGCAACGAUGCUUCAGAUGUCUGCGUCUGGUAAGCCUAUUUUAAUUGCUGGUGGUGGUGUAUGCCGUCCGGGCCAGACAACCGUUCAAGUUUCAGGUUCUGUACACAGACCAGCUGGACAGCAAAUAGUUAUCAUGAGUCCAACAAUAUCCUCAUCAACUGCCGUGCCUGCAUCAUCAAAUUUGUACUUAUCUUCUGGAGGUGCUACCAGCCAAAUAAUACGACAGGGAAAUCAAACACAGGUAACCUUAGUCCGACGGGAUCAAUAUGAUUCAACACAUGGUAAUGCAACUGAUCCAAGUAAUACUACGUCAUCGAUUCUCCAAACUAUUCCACAAUUGGAUGGUGCUAUUGAUGAUGACGAUGAUGAUGUUGAUGAGGACGGUGGUAGUGCUAAAACCGAUGCUUCAUCAGCUAUCCUUUUGGAGUCUAAUUUAGGCAAAGAAAAGUUACAUAUGAAAGGAAAUGUGGAUAUUCUACAAUCUGGCAGUCAACAUUCGCCAGCAUAUACAACAGAUGCAAAUUCCGAUUUACAUACGUCAUUAGCCGUGGAAGCUGCUGCUGAACUACUUGCAGACAUUGGUGAUGACAAUACAUCAGCGUAUUCAGACCAAAAUUCAGCGAGCGUUUCGAAAGAAACUGAUCAGGCAGUCAGAAAUUUGAUUGAUAUCAAGCCUAAUGUAUUAUCCGAAAAUGUCUCUUCUAAUACUGAUCAUGGAAAAGAUUUCAGAGGAAAUUCAGGAUCUUAUGAAGAUCCAGUACAUGCUAAAGAUGGGAAGGAAGGAAAUGGUAGUUCUCUUACUGAUCCUUUGGAAACAUUAGCGUUAGUUGCUGCUCGCCGAAGUGGAAGUGGUGAUGAUCACGAAAAUGAUUCAGUCAUCUCACAUUCUACAGUUUAUUCCAAUUCUGAUUCACAUGUUAUUUGUAAUUCAAAUUCUGGUCGAUCAGUUGCUGUUUCUCUCCCUUAUUCUCGCCUGUCACCAUUAUCUUCCACUUUAGGAGGGGGACAAAUUUCUCGUUCUGUGACAGGUUUGGUCGCGAAUUCCCAUUCAAUCGUAACAACAUCUACCAAUUGUUCUUUAAUAAGUUCUUCGACUACUGUAACACCUGGUACAUUGAUUAGUCGAGGCGACAAUUCUUGGCAUGACGUUGGCGUUAUUAAGUCGACAAAUUAUACUGUAACAAUGUAUUCAGCCUGUACAAAUGAUGCUGGUGUACAUAUGGAAGCUAUCACUGCAUUACAGGGUCCCAAUGGGAUUGGACCGAAUGGACUAACUACACAGGGUCCUAAAUUCCAACUCGCUCCUGGAACAGCCUACAAAUUCCGUGUUGCAGGCCUCAAUGCUUGUGGUCGAGGUCCUUGGUCGGAGAUAAGCGCAUUCAAAACCUGUUUACCAGGUUACCCAGGGGCUCCCAGUGCUAUAAAAAUAACUAAAUCGGACAGUGGUGCACAUUUAACGUGGGAAGCGCCUCAGAACACGGCGGGAAAGAUUACAGAGUAUUCUGUUUAUUUAGCUGUCAAGUCUCAGACUGCAGGACAAGAUUCUACAGAGAACAAGGUCGGUUCUACACCAUCUGGUAUGGCAUUCGUUCGUGUAUAUUGUGGUCAAUCACCCUCAGCAACUGUUACUUCUGCAACAUUGGCUACUGCUCAUUUAGAUCUUAGUUCAAAACCUGCUGUGAUCUUUCGGAUUGCUGCUCGCAAUGAAAAAGGAUAUGGACCGGCGACACAAGUUCGUUGGCUUCAAGAUGUAUCUAAUACACCUUCCUCUGUUGCUGGAAUAAGUCCUCAACCCAUCAAUUUCCAAGCAACAAAUGCCUCACAGCCGGUUACCAAGCGUGCUCUGAGUUUAGGAACAUCACAAGAAGGAGCUUUUACUACACCAGUCAAGCGAUUAAAAGCAGACGAUCAAUUAUAG